CAUAAUUUCUUCCUUUCGUAUCACUGAUCUAUGCACAAAGAAGUUUGAUUUCGUACAGAUUUCAUUAGCAAGAAUGCAUCGAUCAAAUGCCAAGAAAAAUGGCAAAAUAACCGACCCCGUUCAAGAAGGAUCUGCUCUAAAGAGAGCGUUGAAAGCUGGUUCUACAUGGGAUGACAAAGAUGAGUUUUUAGAUGUAAUUUACUGGACUCGGCAGGUAGUUGCAUUGAUAAAUGGUCUUGCAUGGGGCUUUAUUCCUAUUCAAGGCAUUCUUGGACUUAUUUUGUUUUUCAUCAUAAACUGCGCCCUUGUGUUCUUCUAUGCAUCUAAAUUUCAACAAGUUGAUGAAGAUGAUUAUGGCGGUCCUACUGAAAUUGUUAAAGAAGGACUUUUUACAGCCUUUGCAGUAUUUCUUGUUUCUUGGAUAACUGUCUAUACUGCAACACAGAGCUGACCUGUCCCUCCUUCACUAGCAAUAUUUAUCAUUUAAAGUCAUCCAUGCAGAGCCGCUUCAAGAUCUGAAGGUAUCUACCAGAUUGUAUGAAUUGUAUCUGGUGAGCAUGUUUAAUACCAUGGGAUUUUUUUAUAUAACAUUAUAUAUAUUUUUUCUUCAGAUGGUAUAAAGUUUCAACAAUGUAUUUCAUGUCUUUCUCUUAAUGUAAACCUUCUUUUCCCCUAAGAAAAUUAAAAUUUUGUGCGGUCAUCAAAACUGCCAGCAAAAUGUACCUUAAGUGGCCAUUCAUUUAAUUCUGUCCUCAAAGAAGUUACAAAUAAACAAUUUUUUGAAAAUUGGAUGUGUAUUAUUGCUGUCCAUAAAUUCUAAAAGCAUUUGUGUCUUUGAUUUAUGUAAG